ACAGACAUCAGUCAUGGCAACGAACAUGUUUAUUUAACAAUUAGUGAGGUAUGCUUGUAAUAUUUCCAGCAAUGUUUGGAUUGCUGUUUUGUCUUUAUAUGUUGCUGGUAAAUGACAAUCCCUUUGAAAGAGAAAGAGAAACCGAACACAAUCCUUCAAGGACGUGGACGUUCUACAUCGAUCAGAACAGUGGAAGAAUGGUGUCUAUUCAUUCCGAUUCACAAAGCAACAUGACAGCAGAUUGUUAUGUGUCAGCAAAGAGAAUGGUCUUCAAUUACGUGAAAGGAAUCUUCCCAAAUUCAAGCCUGAUUUUUGUUGACAAGCCGUCAAUCGAAUAUCUCAUCGACAGUUGCACUCGAGCCAAAUUGAGCAGGCAUACUUUGGACGACGACGGCGAGGAGGUGUGGAAACUGUUUGGCAAAUUAAGCGGUUUCUUCAUCUUACCAGGUACAAAAUGGUGCGGUGCUGGCAACAUCGCCAAAAGUGAAAACGAUUUGGGUGUAGCAGUUAAGACCGAUAAAUGUUGUAGAGAUCACGACCGCUGCGGCGACUACAUUCUUGGAGGACGAAUCAAGCAUGGACUUCAGAAUGAUUCACCUUUCACGAAAUCUCAUUGCGAUUGUGACAGUCAGUUUCACAGUUGCUUGAAAAAAGCAGGCACCUGGACAUCAAAUGCAGUUGGGAUUAUUUAUUUCGAUUGCUUGCAGAUAAAGUGCUUUAAAAAAGAUCAUCCAGUCACACAGUGCAAAAAGCAUGUGGGAUAUCUCAAGAAAAGGUGUAUAGAAUAUGAACAUGAUCGAACCAGAAAGAAAAAAUGGCAAGUGUUCGACGCCAAGUGUUAUAAAUGGGUUUUCAAUAAAAACGCUCUUCUUCGAGAAAAAGGGGAUGUUUUCGAUUAUAUGAUUCAAAGAGCUUAUAGGAAUAAUCCAUACCAAUUGUAUGUAAAUACAGAUGUGAAAUAA